AUGUAUGAAUCACAGACAUUAAUAUCUAGGAGACAUAAUCGUAUACAAUCAUCAUCUACGCCAAGACCGCCAAGAUCAUACUCCAAAGGUUGUGAACCCAUCUUAGAAACUAUUGAAUUAGAACAAGAAACAAGAGGUAGAGCUUCUAGCAUUGUUACUAAUAAUAGUAGAGGAUCCUUAUCAUCUAAUUUAUCUAAUCGAAAAAAGAAUUUCAAAUCUCCUUCUAAUACAUCUUCUUCUUCUUCUUAUAGACAACAAUUAGAUCAUUCAAGAAGAUCAAGUGAGUAUUAUCCUAAUUCUACCAAAUCUGACAAUUCAAAGUUUGUUAGAUCUAGGCAUCAUCCAAUGUCAUAUGACAACAACUACAAGAAGAAUAUUCCAAUGGUUAAGUCAUCUACAUUAGUUCUACAUAAAUCUAGUUCUGAAUCACAUGUACCAACUAAGCCGCACUCUUUAUCAUUACAUCACCCAAAACCAAAAUUCAAUAAACAACAAUGGAAUUCAUUCAAUGUCCCUCAAAGACCUUAUAGUUCCAAUUAUGCGCUAGAAUCACAACAAAGAGAUAAUACACUAUCACCAAUCAAUAUCUUAAAAGAUGAUUAUGAUACAAAGAGAAUCCCAAGAAAUUAUAGUUGGGCUGGUGCCCCUACUUCACUGCUGCAUCCACAAUUAUCAAGAACUUAUAAUUCAUUCAAAACCUUAUCAGAAGAUAAUAGUAACAUACCAGAAGUUGUCAUAACUCAACAAGAGAAUCCUCCUAAUCAUAAUUUAUAUACUAAGAUUACAAAACUUAUCGACCUGGCCCAUCAUAGUCUUAAUUCAUUUGUAUCCAGUCUAUCAUUAAAAGAAUCCCGGACUUCAGAAACCAUCCCCACAAACCGACCUCAGAGUACCCAUGAUGAUUCAAGCGACGAUGAUCUGGAUGAUGAUGAAGAUGACAUAAACAUAUAUCCGAGACCAGAUCAGUCCAAUGAUACACAGUACACUAUAGAACAAUGGAAAUCUCCUCAUCUCCAUCCUUCAUCCAAUGAUAUCGAUGCCAUAAUUAAAGAAAUCCAUGAAUUACAUGGGAGUUUUGUAGAUAAGUUUAAUCUACCUGUUUCCAACGUGAAAUUAAAUAGGAUUCAACAAAGAAUAUUGGAUUAUAAACAACUUUAUGAAGGUGAACAAGAUUCACAAUCAACCCAUAAUAAACAUAAUGGGGAUGUGCCUUACGAAUUAAAGAUCCAGAAUGAAACUAUCUUAUCUCAAUAUACUUCAAUUCGAUUAAGAUUUGCUUCUCAUGAAUUUGAAACUACUAAUAAGGAGAAAUUUGUCCGAAGUUAUGCCGGGGUAUUGGGAUAUGUUAAUCGAGUUAAACAGCUGAUUGAUAUUAAUGAAGAUGAUUUAACUUGGAUUUCUAAAAUAACCAAGGAUGAUUAUGAAGCUAAGGGGGUGACAUUUGAGAAUAAGGAUGAAUUUUUAAAGGGGAUUUGGGAUGAUGAAUUUAAUACUUACUUUUCAUACACCAAAGAGGAACAACAAGUAGGAAACGAACAACAGCAACAACAGCAACCUCAAGAUGAACCUGAAGACGAAUCUACAGAGCGAGAGGAUGAGAAUAUUUAUGAACAUAAUCGUAGAAUUAUUAAUAUGUCCAAUUUAGCUAAAUCGGUGAAAUUAGGACAAGCCAUAUAG